AAGCGGAUGAGUUGUAGGAUGGUGUUUGGAGAUUGGCAGUGGUUGGUGUUGAAUACUGAGGCUGUUGCCGUGAUGCCAUGUGUCGGAUGCUGGUGCAGAGUGUGGAAACGUCCACUGUGCCGAGGAAUGUUCCCGGUUCGACUUUUCCUACAACUUCUGUUCUGGUUUCCACUAAACUUCUUGCUUCUCUCUCCAAAGUUGCUGCUUGUUUCCAUGCAACUUGUUUUUAACUUCACAUUUCCACACUCCCCGGGGUUGUUUUUUUGGUGCUGGGUGACAGCAUUGAUAUUUCUUUGCCGCCACCCGAAGGUGCAGCUUUAGAGAUGCUGUGCAGCCCUGUAUCCCGAUGUGGUACCUUGCUCUGUCUCUGUCUCCGCCCACAGCUCUGUGAGCGACGGGGCUGCAACUGGGAACGGAGCAGCUCGGAACGUUUGUUGCCGGGGGAGCCGGAGCGGUUAUGGGGACGGACGGUGGUGAUUGUCGGGGUGCAGCAGGUGUUAGGUCCGGGUCGCUCGCUCGGAGAUGGUGGGCAAGGAGCGGAGGGUCCGCCGCAGGCUGCACGCGGCCGCGGUCAAGCUGAACGUUGAGAGCCGGGCACGAAGCGAGCCCGAGCCACCGCCGCCGCCUCCACCACCACCACCACCAGGGGGAGACAGGAAGGUGGUGAGGAGGGAUGUCGAUCAGUUACCUACCUCACUGUUUGCUGGAACUAGAAUUGAUCCAAAGAUACUUAUUCAGAAUCUGGAUGUCGAUUCUAAGACUGUGGUGUCCAGUAGGAAAGUAAUGCUGGCUAAUAUUGAGAUGCGUGGCCUUUGGCAACUCUCCAGUCCUUUGGCCGCGUACCAAUUCUUGAGAUUUUCAUCCGAGGCUGUGAGAAUUGGCAAGGAUUUGACAGGCGACAAGUUCCAAAUCUCCAAGAAAGAGAAAAUAAAGCAGCGACGUGAACGAUGGCUUCAGAAAAUCGAGAUGAUCAAACUGGCAGAACAGAAGAAGAAAGCCCAAGAGAAGCGCAAAGCCAUCCCUGUGGUGGGAGACAUGCAGCCACUUGCUGAUGCACUGCCGGAACUGACAGAUUUGAUCAGUGCUAGUGCUGUGGCUAAUAAAUCAAAGAGUUCAAAAAAGAAGCCCCAAACAACACCUUACAGUAAGAUGCGGCAUGCUCAAAAAAGGAAACUAAUAGAGGAGGAGGUAGCCAGGUUCCAAGCUACGAUUGAGGAUACUGAAUUUAAGGCCAAUCCUCUUGCUGUCAUUGGUGAGCAUCUUCUCAAACGAAUGAGGCAGGAGGAUGAGAAUCUGAAGUAAAAGCUGAAGCUGCACUCCAAGCCAAUCUGGAAAAUACCCUGAUUGUCACCAGUGAACAUUUGAGUCAUCAGCAAAUACUGGACCCAGAUAAAUAUUUGCCAGAUUUAUGCUGAAAAUGCUGACUGUCCACAAUUUUACAGGUGAUGUACCUUUUGGAAAAGCUGAACUUACCUUGCACUGUCCAGCUAAUGGAAACCUAAGAUCAGGCAGGAUUACCCAUUGGAUGUUGAGGCAUUGACAAUGGGCAAGUAGGAGAAAACUCUAUGUUCUAUCAAAAAUUAUCGUAAUUAUUUCUAAAAACAUCUUAAAGACAUUUUUGUUUAAAAAUAAUAAAGUUUAGUUGUUCCAAUUUAA